AUGACAGAAUGUUUGAAGACCCUGCUCUACAAGAAUUGUCUCGUAUGGAUUGAUGAGCCCGUGAAGCUGUACAACGCGCCUGCGUUACCGCGUGCACCAACGUUUAAGGGGUCUACGAAGGCCAAGCAACAUGCGUUCAUGAGCGAAUACCAGCGAUACACGGCGCAAGUCAUGCCUCAGCAAACGACCGAACAACGGCAUUUGUUAUGUCAGUUGGCGCUUGCUUGGAUCAUUUUUCUAAGUGCCGGAUCGUUUUGUUUUGACUUGGGAAAGUUCCUUGGUGAUGUGAUGGAGCAAGAGUGGGUGGCCUGA